AUGAAGGUCUUCAUCCUCCUCCUCGUCGCCACUGCCUCCAUCUCCGCCGGGCGAAUCGACCCUUCCUUGUCCCUCGCCGUCUAUAACGGGGAAACCGAAGCGAUUCUCGAACUUCCCGAAGUCAUGUCGGUCGCCGACUCCAAUGCCGCGCUGUCCUCCCUCCCCCGCGAUGCCAAGAUUUCCGCUCUCGUCGCCACUCUUCAAGGUCUCACAUCCGCCGCCCAGGCCCCUCUCAUCUCCGUCGCUGCCUCCCUCGGCCUCGCCACUGAGCAAUACUGGGCCUCCAACAUCAUCCUCGUUAAGGGGCUCACGUCCGAGAAAUUGGCUCAACUUGCCUCCACCCCCGGCGAUUUCAUCAUCCGACCCCAUUACACGGCCAUGCUUCACCCCACUACUCGCGGUCCGGAAGUCGCCCCUCAAGACAACACCACCCAGACACCACAAUGGGGCGUUGCCAAAAUUAACGCACCCGCAGCCUGGGCAACCACACAAGGAGAAGGAAUCGUCGUCGCCAUUAUCGACACCGGCGUCAACCUUCGUCACACCGCCCUCACCGAAGGAUACGCCGGUGCUUGGUCUGACCCGUUCUACAACACCCCCAACCCCACUGAUGUCGACGGACAUGGAUCCCACUGCGCUGGAACAAUUCUCGGCCGCGCGAAUGGUGUCGGCGUCGCUCCAGGCGCAAGAUGGAUCGCUUGUCGUGGGCUGAACAACAAUGGAGGAACGACUGAAGCUGCUCUAACGACCUGUGCCCAAUUCAUGCUCACGGCCGACCCUAAACCACACAUUGUUUCGGCCUCUUGGCGUCAACCAACGACGGUCGAUCCAGGAAAUCAGCCCAAUUUGAUCGCUGUGGGAUCUACGACUGAUACUGAUGCCCUGUCCUCUUUCUCUUCGAGGGGACCAAGCCCAUCGGGAGCACUGAAACCACAAGUCUCUGCCCCAGGAAGCAACGUUGUUUCUUGCGGAACCGGUGCCAACGAUUACGUCACAAUGUCUGGAACCUCAAUGGCCACCCCCCACACCGCUGGAGCUAUUGCCCUCAUCCUCUCGGCCAACCCAACUUUUGACUACGAUCAGGUUGUGAAUGCCUUAUCCACUUCAGCUUUCGAGCCUCCAGUUUCGAAUGCCGACAGGAACUGUGGUUUGCCAGGACCGGGAGAUUUCCCAAACAAUGCAUACGGUUACGGGCGUAUCGAUGUUGCUGCUGCCCUUGGAGUUUAA